AUGGUGAGAGCUGCAUGCUUUGCUUUCAGGUGGUCCUACCACGACUUUUUAAAGAGGUAUCGUGUGCUUAUGAAGAAGACAGACCUCGCUAAGAACGACAAGAAGCAGAUCUGUAAGACCCUGUUGGAAGACCUCAUUAAGGAUCCAGACAAGUUCCAGUUUGGACAUACCAAGAUCUUCUUCCGCGCAGGCCAGGUGGCGUACCUGGAGAAACUGCGGGCAGACAAGUUCAGAGCUGCCAUCAUCAUGAUUGAGAAGACGGUGCGGGGGUGGCUGCAGAGGGUCAAGUACCAGAGGCUGAGACAAGCCACAGUCGUCCUCCAGCGCUACACACGCGGGCACCUGGCACGGAGGCUUGCUGAGCACCUGAGGAGGACGAGAGCUGCCAUCAUCUUGCAGAAGCAGUUCCGAAUGCUGCGGAUCCGCCGAGCUUUCCAGAGGGUCCGCAACUCCACCAUCACCAUCCAGGCUUUUGCUCGGGGAAUGUUCGCCAGGAGGACUUACCACCAGAUCCUGGCGGAGCACAAAGCCACCAUCCUGCAGAAAUACGCCCGGGGCUGGCUGGCCCGCACACGCUUCCACAGGGUGCAGGCUGCCACCAUCGUCCUGCAGUGCUACUACCGGCGCAUGAAGGCCAGGCAGCAGCUGAAGGCACUCAGGAUCGAGGCCCGCUCAGCUCAGCACCUGAAGAAGCUCAACGUUGGCAUGGAGAACAAGGUGGUCCAGCUCCAAAGGAAGAUCGAUGAGCAGAACAAGGAAUACAAACUCCUGAACGAGCAGCUCUCCACGCUGACGUCAGCCCACUCCUCCGAGGUGGAGAAGCUGAAGAAGGAGCUGCUGCAGUACCAGCAGAGCCAGCGGGGCGAUGGCAACCAGCUUCUCAGCCUGCAGGAGGAGAUGGAGCACCUCAGGCUGGAGCUGGAGAGGGCUCAUGGGGAGAGGAAGGUGGUGGAGGACAGCUACAUGCAGGAGAAAGACCUGCUGAGAAAGCGUAUCUCCGAUUUGGAAGAAGAAAACGCUCUCCUGAAGCAGGAAAAAGAGGAGCUUAACAGCAGGAUUCUCUGUCAGUCUGAAGAUGAAUUUGCACGAAAUGCAGUUGAGGAAAAUAUCCAGAUGAAGAAAGAGCUGGAAGAAGAGAGGUCUCGUUAUCAGAACCUGGUAAAAGAGUAUUCAAGUCUGGAGCAGAGAUAUGACAACUUGAGGGAUGAAAUGACGAUUAUAAAGCAGGCACCGGGGCACAGAAGAAACCCAUCCAACCAAAGCAGCCUGGAGUCUGAUUCCAAUAAUCCAUCCAUAUCCUCCUCUGACAUAGGAGACACCGAUGAUGUGAUUCAACAAGUGGAGGAGAUUGGGAUGGAAAAAGCAGCCAUGGACAUGACCCUCUUCCUAAAGCUGCAGAAGAGAGUGAGGGAGCUCGAGCUGGCGAGGAAGAAGCUGCAAACCCAGCUGGAGAAGAAGGAGCAAGAGAGCAAGAAAUCCCAGGUUAUUGAAACAAACACCAUGACUUCAGAACAGGAAGAUUUUGCAUACAACAGCCUGAAGAGGCAAGAGCUGGAGUCGGAGAACAAGAAGCUGAAAAAUGAACUUAACGAGCUGAGGAAGGCUAUUGCAGACCGAGCAACCCAGAACAACUCAUCCAACGAUGUCCAGGACAGUUACAACCUCUUGCUGAACCACCUGAAAGCGGCCAACGAGGAGCUGGAAGUGCGGAAAGAAGAGGUGCUCAUCCUGAGGUCACAGAUCAUGAAGGCAGCCCAGCAAAAAGAGAUGGGGAAAAACAUGCUAAAGGAGAGGGAGAGCAUCCCCAGCAAUGCCAGCUGGCCCAACAGCGACAGGCACGUUGACCAGGAGGACGCGAUCGAAGCCUACCAGGGGAUGUGUGAGACCAACCGCAAGACUGAGGACUGGGGGUAUCUCAAUGAAGAUGGAGAGCUCGGCUUGGCUUAUCAAGGUUUAAAGCAAGUUGCCAGGCUGCUGGAAGCACAGCUCCAGGAUCAGAGAAGGAAGCACGAGGAGGAGAUGGAAGGUCUGAGAAACCAGCUGGAUGCAAUGCAAGAAGAGCUGCAGAAACAGCAGCAGGCCUCCCUGCAGACCCUGCAGCUCUCUCCGGAGGUCCAGGUGGAGUUGGGACUUCAGCAAGAAAUUACACGUCUCACCAAUGAAAACCUGGAUCUGAAAGAAUUGGUAGAAAAGUUGGAAAAGAAUGAAAAGAAGCUGAAGAAACAGCUGAAGAUUUACAUGAAGAAGGUCCAAGAUUUUGAAGCAUCCCAAACCACGCUGCCAGCAGACAGGAGGCCACACGACAGUAACAUGCAAGUUGCUGUCCAGAGGAAGGAGAAAGAUUUUCAGGGCAUGUUGGAGUAUUACAAAGAAGAUGAGCCACUCCUCAUCCGAAACCUCAUUACAGAUCUCAAGCCCCAGGCAGUGUCUGCUACUGUUCCCUGCCUUCCUGCCUACAUCCUCUUCAUGUGCCUCAGACAUGCAGAUUACAUCAAUGAUGACCAGAAGGUGCACUCCUUGCUUACCUCCACCAUCAACGGCAUUAAGAAAGUGCUGAAGAAACACCACGAAGACUUUGAGAUGACGUCGUUUUGGCUGGCGAACGUGUGUCGCCUCCUGCACUGCCUGAAGCAGUACAGUGGAGACGAGGGUUUCAUGACACAAAACACGCCGAAGCAGAACGAGCACUGUCUGAAGAACUUUGACCUGACCGAGUACCGCCAGGUGCUGAGCCACCUCUCCAUCCAGAUCUACCAGCAGCUCAUUAACAUAGCACAGGGCAUCCUCCAGCCCAUGACCGUGUCUGCGGUGUUGGAAAAUGAGAGUAUCCAAGGGCUUUCUGGUGUCCAGCCAAUGGGCUACAGGAAAUACGUCUCCAACUCACCAGAAGCUGACACGUCCUACAGCCUGGACAACAUGAUCCGCCAGCUGAACACGUUCCACAGCAUCAUGUGUGACCAGGGUCUGGACCCAGAGAUCGUCCAGCAGGUGUUCAAGCAGAUCUUCUACAUGAUCAAUGCGGUCACCCUGAACAACCUCCUGCUGAGGAAGGAUGUCUGCUCGUGGAGCACGGGCAUGCAGCUGAGGUUUAACAUAAGCCAGCUGGAGGAAUGGCUGCAUGGGAAGAAUCUGCAGCAGAGUGGAGCAGCACAAACUUUGGUGCCCUUGAUUCAGGCAGCACAGCUUCUGCAGCUGAAGAAGAAAACCUCGGAGGACGCCGAGGCCAUCUGUUCCCUGUGCACAUCACUCACGACCCAGCAGAUCGUAAAGAUACUUAAUCUCUACACUCCUGUGAACGAGUUUGAAGAACGUGUGACAGUAGCUUUCAUACGAAACAUACAGAUGCACUUGCAGGAACGGAAUGACCCUCCACAGCUGCUGUUAGACUUCAAGCACGUGUUCCCAGUUUCGUUCCCGUUCAACCCAUCCUCCAUCACCAUGGACUCUAUUCAUCUCCCUGCUUCUCUCAACUUGGAUUUUCUCAAUAAAGUCUGAAGAAAGUAGAAUUAAGCUCACCUCUCAUACCCAGAGACCUCCAGCAAUGAAAGAAAAAAUCAUUAAAGGAAUUUAAGGAGCUCUUUAAAUAUGGACCAAACAGGCUUGUGGAAGAACCAGUGCACAGUAAUGUAUGGAUGUUGAAAUGUAGAGUAAAAAGAGGGACUGGUCCAUAUGUUUUUGGGUUGGUUUUUUGUUUUUUGUUUUUUGUUUUUUUUUUUGUAAUUUGUGGCUCAGAAAUAAGGAUACUUGAAAAGUAGAUUUAUUUUUUACUGCUUGAUUUGAUGUUGACAUAGUUCAAAACCCAUAAUCAUCUCCAAACGCCACUAACAAAAAGGAACAGGAAGUGGGAGACAGCAACGGCCUGGGAUGCUGCUUGUUUCCACUGAUGUGGAAUUUGUCACAAAUUCUAUGUUUGAGAAAUGCUGUUGUUCCUCCUAACUACAUCCAGUGCUUCUGCUUCGUGGGAAUUUAAAUAAAUUGGCAGCGUGGACUUUCCUCCAUUACCAAAUUUACAUUAGCAAAGGUUUUGUCGUAGCGAGAUAACCAUGAUACAAGAAACUGCCUUAAGCCUUCUGCUUGUAGAAUAGCAUCACCCUGAUCCCUACUGUUGGCUUUCCCUGUGCUUGUAAGUGUCAAAAGCUUUCAUCCAGUGGCUAUCAAGGUUCUUGGACCUCUUACACGGCGUGUAUCAGAAUCUCAUGCAUAGAUCACGCUAAGGCAGCCCAGUUUAAUUACAGGGUCCCCAGCACUAAUUAGUUCCGUGUGUAAGUCCUAGCUGUAGCUGUCCGUGGAAAAACUCUGUGUUCAUGCCAGUAGCCCCCCCAAAAUGCUACCAGUUGUGCAUAUACAGGGCUUAGAGAAAUGAAGAGAAUACUUAAAAAAAAAAAAAAGGUUUAAAAAAAAAAAGAAGUGAAAUGUUCUAACACAAAAAAAGUUGUCAGAUGGUGUGUUGGUAAUGUGAGCCAUUUCUUUAAGAAUGAACACGAACUCUUUGUCUACAACGAGCUUAAAUAAAUAACUGCAAUCAGUGCAACCUCUGUUAGGAUUUUUUUUACUAAAUUUAUUAGCUUCAGUUUAGAAACAAACCAACCUUCUGGCCUCACCACACUGAUGCUGGAGAGCACCAGCUGCUCACAAAGACAGUCACUGUUUUUUCUUGGUACUUCCACAACACAUUGAAUUUUCAGUGGCUGCCGAGCAGGGAAAGAGGUGGGUUCCCAUGGUUGAGUGGUGCUGCUCAGAGUGGUGAUGCUCCUGCCACAGCACAGUGUGCCAAAUUGCAACCAGGAUGUUUGGCGACCAGCAUUCUGCCCUUUCCACUUCCACAAGGAUCUUGUCUAAAUAGAUCUUAACCUGCCUGCUUUUGUGGUCCUGGUUUCUUUUGUGGCCCGUAAUUUCACGAUGGUUAAAAAGCUUUCAAAGAAAAACCCAGUCUCUCCAUCUGACUACUUUUAUUUGGUGUAAAUCGUAUCCAAACACUGCUACACUGUCUGCUCAGAGGUUUAAAGAAGAAUGUGAAGUGUCUUGAAGGUACACUAACUCCUGUCUGCUGCAAUUAACCCUUUUAGGCUAAAAGUGUGUUUUGAUUUAAACAUCAUGUAUAUAAUCUAUGUAUAUACAAACUGUAAUAGUCCUGUAUGUACUAGAUAGCUGUAUAUAGUACACUUCUAAAGGAAAGCACAUUUUUAAAGGAAAAGCUGAGUGCUGUGAAGAAUUGUAUUGGUCUAUGCCAGUGGAUAAAUACCUUGUUUCAAAUGGAGACUGGUUUAGACCGGCUGUUACCACUGAAGGACAGACUUAAGGCUAAGAAAAUAUUUUUUUCUCCCCUAACCAUCACCCAGCUAAUCACAGAAGAUGUUUUGCUUGUAUAGAGCCAGCACUACCUCCAAACUACAGUCCUUGAGCACUCACAUCUGCUGUGUAUUCAGUAGUGCCUUCAUCUCCCCUUUAUAUUCAAUGAGGGUAGUGCCACCAGUUUGCUGUCUGUGCCCAGCAAGCCCACACUCCUGUCACCCACUCAUCUACACCACCUUUAUUUAUUUGUACCUACCUCUUUUCACAAUGAAUGUCUUUGCAGUGCUCUGAAUUUUUUUUAAUUGUCUCCCAUCCCUUCCUUCCAAACUCUAGUAGUCAUCACGGUUCAAGAACAGAUAAUUCGAAGUGGAAUUCACCCUUUCUGUAAGGUGGUUUUAACACAGAGCUAUUGCUCAGGAUUCAUAGUAGGUCAGCAGUUUCCUCUCAGGCACCUCAGGUCUCUACCUCUCACUGAAGUAAAUUAUUUGCAGUACAAUUCCCACGAGAUUGAUUAAACUAAUGCUUAUCACUCAGACUAAUGACAGGUUGCUGCAGAAUCCUCUUCUGCAACAAUUUUGUUCCUGAUCACAAUUAUAAAAUGGGCUUAAUGGUCUUCUAGGGGAUAAUGGUCCUUCCACGUUCAGGAUCAUAAUUUAUAUGUACUUUCUUAAAAACUCUUGGUACGUAUAGAUGGGAACUGGGAUUUAACGUCUUGAUCUGUGAUCAUGUAGUUUAUCCAGUAAGAUCCAUCUGAAAGAGGACACUGUAUGAAAUAUCUUUAAUAUAUGUUAUCUUUUCUGUUAGAAAUUUUUAAAAUUUGUAUUUAAAUGUUAGUUAAAUUGCUAUGUUUGGGCAUGCCUUUCCUCAGAUUAGCAAUUCUUUAUUUAAAAAGCUAAUCGAACACAAAGCAUGGCUUUGAGAACGCUGGCUCUUCUCCAGUUCUGUCUUUAUUUUUAAAUAUUGAUUAUUCAGUUGAGUAUUUUCCCACUCUGUGCCUUUAGCUCAACCACUGUUUAUCUGAAAAAAGCAUUAAAAGAGGGGAAUAUUUUUAUUAUUUGGUCAUAGAAAAAGUUGUCUGUGGAUUUAAAACCCUACUUAUAAAAUCUUACUUUGACAAGGUCUGCAAAAACACUUUGAAUUUCCCAGGAAAAAAAACCAAUACUGACCCAUGCUGACUGUUGCAUGUAUGACAUAUCUCAGAAAAGCACUAUUGGGAACAAAAUAAAAUAAAAUAAACGUUCUAAAACCCCCAAAUCACAUAAAUCAGCAGCAUUUCAAACGCAACACUUCAAACGUGAGUUCAGGCAUGUGCUGGCUGACCUACAAGAAACAUCCAGGACAAUGUCCGUGUUUCAUUUUCACCAGAAACUUCCUUUGCUAUUUUUCUUUUCCUUUUAUUGGCAUUUUGUAGCUGAGGUUGCUUAUCUUGUCUGGUAAAGCUGCUGUAGAACAUUGGACCUUAAGACUGAUUUGAUGCAAUCCUACAUCACUAUCAUUUUUUGCUCAUGCAAUUUAUCCCACUGGAUCUAAAAGAAUUUCUUUGUAGGAGCGAAACAGUAACAAAAUGUGGGCAUGUUUUAAGCAGAGUUGCUGCCUUUAAUCAUCCUGCAGCUUGCUCACUGAAAUCUUUGUCGGACCUGACCUUUUAUUUGCGUGAUUUGCAAAAGAUACAAAUGAAACAGCUGCACUUGAAACAACAGGUUGUUUUCCUCCCUUUUCAACGGUAAAUGCAUAAAAUUGUUCAAACUUAUUCUUUCAGACCAUUAACUGAAAAAUUAGCAUUUUAUCAUUGCAUAUAAAUAGAACCUAAUUAAAAUAAAUUGCAUGAACACCCAUGAACCUUUUUCCUCUGACUUUGUUGAUUCACAUAUAUAUAACAGUCAUAAAUGGAUUAUUUUUUUUCUGAAAGAAAUUCGAGCAAGGUAGAUGAUAAGUAAAACAAUCCAGAGGACAUAUUCCCCGAUGAGUAUCCAAAUUAUUUCAAGGUGUGAAUGCCAGUGGACAAAGACUUUCAAAUGAAUUUGAAAUUAGAAGAAAAAAAUUAUGUAUUUAAAAAAAAAAAAAAGUGCUACUGUAUUGCAAUAUCUAUUUUAUUUGUUUGGGGAUUUUAUUUUAUUUUUUCUUUGGUGUGAAGCGUCUACCUUAACGAGCAGAAGGUAUAGCUGCUGUCAAAGUUGAAUGAUAUACAUGAGUGAAUACUGUAGAUGAAAUACUACUGCUUAUAGAAUAUUUUUUCAUUUUGAACAAAUCUGUAAACUACACCUUUGUUUAUAAGAAAAUGCUUGUAAUAGUCACUGUGCUAUUCAGAUGGGGAUAAAAACAAAAUUUGUGAAAUAAACACUUUUGAAGAA